UCUGUCUCUGUCAUUUAGAAACUGACGUCUUGGGGAUUGUGUUGUGUGUACAAUUUUUUAAUAAUUAAAUUUUGUUUAACUACGUAUAGGUUGGGCUUAAUAUGUUAAUUUUUAAAUGUGCGCUAAUCGUAUUAUCUUCAUCCUAUAUUUUAGCUCUUUGUUCUGAAGUGGUUAAAGAAACGAAUUUUAUUGACAGUGGCCUUGCAUUUAUGUACAUAGCCAGCGGAGCAAUAGCUGGCAAAAUCAUCUAUGACAGAUACCAGCAAGUCCAUGUCCUAGGUUCUCUAACCCCAAAUCCGAAUGUGACAUUGUUUGCAAAUAGGAUUGCUUCCUUCUCAGCCACAUUCCUGUCAUUGGGCUUCCUGGUUUACUUCUUUUUGUUCUUAUUUAAGGUGGAUGAACAAUGCCUGCGGGCACUAAACAUAUUUAUAUGUGGGUUCGGAACUUUGUACAUAUGGGUGCAGUGCAUCAUAACUACAUUUAUUUCCACACUAUUCUAUGACAAACGGUUGACAGUGCUGAGGCAAUGCCUUGCGAACGUGAGCUUCCUCUUCCUAGUUAUAAUGGCAAUAUUUGGGACGGUAUCUUCAUUUUUGCCUGAAGGUGGUGAUUCCAGCGGCGCAUACGUGUGCCACGUCGUCAGUUCCCUGUGCAGUUACGUGUUGACUGCCAUAUUCUGUAUAUUCAUAUUGUCCUUCGAAAAAGAUUAUGAAUAUUUUUCUGAGGGUCUACGUUCAGAAUUAUUGCUCGAUGACGCGUGUUCUUUAAACAAUACGUCACUCUCGGACGACGACAGCAUAUUCGGAUCUCGGGAGCUCCUCUCAAACUCGAUAGUUAUAAAGGGGAGCAUCGCUUGCGGUAAGACCUCCUGACCGGAGUCCGUGCCCUCCCCGGGCACGGUACACCGGCAUACACCCAAUUAUGCCCCCACUAGAUCCUAUGGUAGUUUUAAUAAAUCUCAUGUAGAAUUAGAAGCGGAUAAGGGAAACAAUAAUCUCGAGCAUAUCUCUCCAAUUAGAGAUAGUAAUGCAGAUAAUGACAGUGGUAUGUCGUCUGGUGAAAACGACGACUCUGUAAGAUAUAGUUAUAAUAAACGUGUUAGUGUUAAUGUUAGUCCCGUUGUAAAGGAUGAAAUAUUAAAGUGCCUAACUAAUGAAAAUCACAGUGCUGUGCAUUGGAAUGAGAUUCCAGGUUGUUCUAAUGUUAAUAAUGAUAAUAAUUCGAGUACAAUCGAGUUCAAUGAUGUUCUCGAUGGCGGUCGUACGAUCGAUUCCGAUUUUAUUGUGAUAAACCUUUCGCGUGAUAUCGACGAUGUUUGCGAUUCCGACAAAGAAUUAGUUGGUACAAAUGUUUAUAAUGUCGAUUGUGAUAAUUCGAACGUUAGCGUAGAUAGCCAAAGUUUAGUUCCUGUUGCUAACAACGAAAUUGUGAAAUCGGAGAAUCAGAAAUUGGUAAGUUUGUCCCUCUCGAUACUGUUAGCCGCGUUGUUGCAAGCGAUGCGGUGUUUCGCCCAAUUCUUAGAGGACAUUGUGGCACCACAAAGAUUGUAAUGGUCUAAGAUCUGGCAUAAGAAAUAUAUACACUCAUCUGGUAUUUAUUUGGUAUCAUUUAUUUCAUAACCCGAAUAAAUAACCGAUAAGGGUAUAUAUUCCUAAUGCCGGAUCUCGUAUUAUAAGCAAUUGAUUGUGUUCCAAAAAAUAUUUUUGUGCAGUAUUUGUAUUCGCUAGUUAUACGAAUUAUUAAUUAUACUAUUAUCAAUUACAAGAUGUCAAUAUAUUUAAUUACCCUCUUGUAAA